AUGAAUUAAAUUAUUAAUUUAACUAUUAUUUAUAUAUUUAUUUAUUUUUAAAUAACUAAUUUCAUGUAUUUAUUACUAUUAACGUACUAUUAAACGUAACAUUAGUUUAGAGACAAAAUUAAAUACUCGAAUGUAUUUUAUAUGUAACUGUCCUGUACAGUAUUUUACUAACUAUACCUUCACAUCAAAAGCAAUUAUUAGUUCUUUUCUUUUCUUUUCAUUCUACCCUCUUUUAGCUUCACUAGUUACAACUUUUCAUUUGGAUUUUCUAUGGUUCAUCAAAAAUACUCUUCUAAAUAUAUAAAGAAAAUAAUUGAGAAUGUAAAAAAUCAAAAUAUAGUCUAAAAUUAUAGCUAUUUUAUUUAGUACGUGGUGAAUUUUAUCACCUCAAUUAAUAAUAUCGUCAUGAUUUAAUUGACAUGGAUUGACUAGUAUGAACAAGUUGUCAUACAUUUAAUUGACAUGGAUUGACUACCCACAUAACAUUGUUACCUGAGACCAAUGUUCAAGAAGGCGGUAGUGUGAGCGUCCCUAGUUGUUGGAAAUAAAAAUAAUAGUAUGCAUUAUGUAAUGAAUAAAGUAAUCGUUACAACACUUUCAAACUUUAGUUCAAAUAAUUAAUAACUUAUUUAACAUUUAAUGACAAAAUAAUAACUAACAAGUUCAUAGAAUCGUAACUUAAUAGCACAAGGAGUGAAUAUGCAAAAGAAAAAAAAGAAGUGGUCAUUCAAAUAGAAAUUCCGUCCGCCUAUACAUCCGGACCUCCGUUAGCUUGCAUUUCCCUUUCCUAAAAUAAACAUAGAACCAUUAAUUAUUGAAGAAAGCAACCAAUUAUUUGAGGACAUGUGGCCCGGCAGCAGGGUUGGCUACAACCCGGGUUGCAGCUAAGUUUCGUCCUUCCUAAUGUGUUGUGUUGCAAAACCUUGUAAUAUACAAAACAAAGUUAAUUAGUAUUCAAUUCAAUGCCUUCCUUCUCUAAAACAGCAAUCAAAGUUUGGUUUUUUUUUUCCUCUUAUCAUUUCUACAUGGUUCUUAUGCCCAGUUUGAACACAAGUAUUAUCCUUAAAUUAUUCGGACCCUCCCUUUACCAUUUCCUCCUUAACGUGGUCGCAGUGUACCAAAAUACCAGUAAAAUAUAAUUCUGCACCAACUAUAUAGCUACAGACACCACCAUGUACGUAUAUAAAUUCAGACACACCGCACUAAUUCUCCAAUCAUCAAGCCAUAACUGAUUUAACCAUAUUUAGUAUAGCUGUUGCCGCCGCCAUCGUCAAUAUUCUUACUUACCAACUACAUGAAGAUGCAGUUCAGGGUAACGAUGAAGGCAGCUUGUAUUUUUUUGGUGGCAAUAGCGUUGCUGCUGACCUCUUUAGCGACGACGAGUGCCGUGGCUGAUAAUAUCGAGUCGUCGCCGAGGGCGACAACAUGUCGGCGCGGGGAGCUGCCGACGAAACUGGCGAUGUUGUGUUGGAAGGCGAUCUUCGAGGUGCCCUUCUGCGUCUUCGAGAUAGUCAAGGUUUACGAAGGCGGGUCGGUGUUCGACAUCGGGAAGCCCUGCUGCCGGGCCUUCGUCGACCUCUCCGACGACUGCAGGAUCGAGGUGUUCCAGCACUCCAAGUUUUUUCCGGUCAUCGAGGGAUUCUGUAAAGCCGUUAUCGGCGCCGGACCUAUCGGCGGCGCCGGCGGUGUCGUCCGAGCUCCGCCUCCUCAUCAUCAUUCCGGCUGAUCGUAAUGUACCAUUCAGUAUUCACCAUCUUUACGUGAUGGAGUAAUUAAUUGUUAGGCGAUCAACGUUGAUAGUAGCGUUGAUAAGCUAGUUCCAUGCUAGCAUUAUCAAUUGUCGGCGUAACAUUAGGGGUUGGAGCUCGGUAGCUAAGGAAGUGGGUCAAAGCAGGCUAGUCUUCACCAACCCAAUCCAGUAGACAAAAUCACAUAAGAGAAGAAGAGUUCACAGAAGGUUAAGAAGUAGUACGCCCGAUUCACCAGGUCAUUCGCCUUUUGGGCUCACUACUUCGUUCCUUCGUCUUUCGGGCUCACUACUUCGUUCCUUCGUCCUUCGGGCCUCCACGGAUGAUAAGUCCAUUAAACACCGAUUUGGGCCAAUUUAUUUUCGGAUGGCAUUUUCGUAAUUUUGUGGGCGUUGAAAUGCCAUUUUCUUUGGAUUUUGAAGGCUACAUAUCACGGAUUCGGCCUGAGACUAUUCUUCAACAAUGACUAAGUCCAUUAGGCACUGAUUUAGGCGGAUUUAUUCCGGGUCAAUUUUUGGCAGAUUGCUAAGGGGUACCAUCACAGAUUUUGGGCGAUUUUUCCGAAAUGCCAUUUUCUUUCGAUUCUGGAAGCUCCAGAUCACGAAAUCAGGCCGAGGCUAUUCUCCACCGAUAAUGAAGUCUAUUGAUCCUAUUCUCCACGGAUGAUAAGUCCAUUAAACACCGAUUUGGGCAAAUUUAUUUUCGGAUGGCAUUUUCGUAAUUUUGUGGGCGUCGAAAUGCCAUUUUCUUUGGAUUUUGAAGGCUACAGAUCACGGAUUCAACCUGAGACUAUUCUUCAACGAUGCUAAGUCCAUUAAGCACCGAUUUGGGCGGAUUUAUUCCAGGUCAAUUUUUGGCAGAUUGCAAAGGGGUACCAUCACAGAUUUUGGGCGUUUUUUCCGAAAUGCCAUUUUCUUUCGAUUCUGGAGGCUCCAGAUCACGAAAUCAGGUCGAGGCUAUUCUCCACCGAUAAUGAAGUCUAUUGAUCCUAUUCUCCACGGAUGAUAAGUCCAUUAAACACCGAUUUGGGCCAAUUUAUUUUCGGAUGGCAUUUUCGUAAUUUUGUGGGCGUCGAAAUGCCAUUUUUUUUGGAUUUUGAAGGCUACAGAUCACGGAUUCGGCCUGAGACUAUUCUUCAACGAUGACUAAGUCCAUUAAGCACAGAUUUGGGCGGAUUUAUUCCGGGUCAAUUUUUGGCAGAUUGCAAAGGGGUACCAUCACAGAUUUUGGGCGAUUUUUCCGAAAUGCCAUUUUCUUUCGAUUCUGGAGGCUCCAAAUCACGAAAUUAGGCCGAGGCUAUUCUCCACCGAUAAUGAAGUCAUCCUAUUCUCCACGGAUGAUAAGUCCAUUAAACACCGAUUUGGGCCAAUUUAUUUUCGGAUGGCAUUUUCGUAAUUUUGUGGGCGUCGAAAUACCAUUUUCUUUGGAUUUUGAAGGCUACAGAUCAUGGAUUCGGCCUGAGACUAUUCUUCAACGAUGACUAAGUACAUUAAGCACCGAUUUGGGCGGAUUUAUUCCGGGUCAAUUUUUGAUAGAUUGCAAAGGGGUACCAUCACAGAUUUUGGGCUAUUUUUCCGAAAUGGUAUUUUCUUUCGAUUCUGGAGGCUCCAUAUCACGAAAUCAGGACGAGGUUAUUCUCCACCGAUAAUGAAGUCUAUUGAUCCUAUUCUCCACUAAUGAUAAGUCCAUUAAACACCGAUUUGGGCCAAUUUAUUUUUGGAUGGCAUUUUCGUAAUUUUGUGGGCGUCGAAAUGCCAUUUUCUUUGGAUUUUGAACGCUACAGAACACGGAUUCGGCCUGAGACUAUUCUUCAACGAUGACUAAGUCCAUUAAGCACUAAUUUGGGGGGAUUUAUUCCGGGUCAAUUUUUGGCAGAUUGCAAAGGGGUACCAUCACAGAUUUUAGGCGAUUUUUCCGAAAUGCCAUUUUCUUUCGAUUCUGGAGGCUCCAGAUCACGAAAUCAGGCCGAGACUAUUCUCCACCGAUAAUGAAGUCUAUUGAUCCUAUUCUCCACGGAUGAUAAGUCCAUUAAACACCGAUUUGGGCCAAUUUAUUUUCGGAUGGCAUUUUCGAAAUUUUGUGUGCGUUGAAAUGCCAUUUUCUUUGGAUUUUGAAGGCUACAGAUCACGGAUUCGGCCUGAGACUAUUCUUCAACGAUGACUAAGUCCAUUAAGCACCGAUUUGGGGGGAUUUGUUCCGGGUCAAUUUUUGGCAGAUUGCUAAGGGGUACCAUCACAGAUUUUGGGCGAUUUUUCCGAAAUGCCAUUUUCUUUCAAUUCUGGAAGCUCCAGAUCACGAAAUCAGGCCGAGGCUAUUCUCCACCGAUAAUGAAGUCUAUUGAUCCUAUUCUCCACGGAUGAUAAGUCCAUUAAACACCGAUUUGGGCAAAUUUAUUUUCGGAUGGCAUUUUCGUAAUUUUGUGGGCGUCGAAAUGCCAUUUUCUUUGGAUUUUGAAGGCUACAGAUCACGGAUUCGACCUGAGACUAUUCUUCAACGAUGCUAAGUCCAUUAAGCACCGAUUUGGGCGGAUUUAUUCCGAGUCAAUUUUUGGCAGAUUGCAAAGGGGUACCAUCACAGAUUUUGGGCGAUUUUUCCGAAAUGCCAUUUUCUUUCGAUUCUGGAGGCUCCAGAUCACGAAAUCAGGCCGAGACUAUUCUCCACCGAUAAUGAAGUCUAUUGAUCCUAUUCUCCACGGAUGAUAAGUCCAUUAAACACCGAAUUGGGCCAAUUUAUUUUCGGAUGGCAUUUUCGAAAUUUUGUGGGCGUCGAAAUGCCAUUUUCUUUGGAUUUUGAAGGCUACAGAUCAAGGAUUCGGCCUAAGACUAUUGCUCAACGAUGACUAAGUCCAUUAAGCACCGAUUGGGCGUAUUUAUUCCGGAUCAAUUUGGCAGAUUGCAAAGGGGUACCAUCACAGAUUUUGGGCGAUUUUUCCGAAAUGCCAUUUUCUUUCGAUUCUGGAGGCUCCAGAUCACGAAAUUAGGCCGAGGCUAUUCUCCACCGAUAAUGAAGUCUAUUGAUCCUAUUCUCCACGGAUGAUAAGUCCAUUAAACACCGAUUUGGGUCAAUUUAUUUUCGGAUGGCAAUUUCGUAAUUUUGUGGGCCUCGAAAUGCCAUUUUCUUUGGAUUUUGAAGGCUACAGAUCACGGAUUCGGCUUGAGACUAUUCUUCAACGAUGACUAAGUCCAUUAAGCACCGAUUUGGGAGGAUAUAUUCCGGGUAAAUUUUUGGCAGAUUGCAAAGGAGUACCAUCACAUAUUUUAGGUGAUUUUUCCGAAAUGCCAUUUUCUUUCGAUUCUGGAGGCUCUAGAUCACGAAAUCAGGCCGAGGCUAUUCUCCACCGAUAAUGAAGUUUAUUGAUCCUA